UUUUUUUAAAUUUUAUUUUAGAUAAAUCAAAAUAUUAUGACUUCUCCGAGGCCUCAAUCCUUAAGUGAUAUGUCAGAUGUAGUAGAAAUAAAAGGAUGUGAUGCAAUUCCAUGUUGUAAUCCAAAAAGUUUAUUCCACAGAAUUAUUGUGCUUAUAUUUAUAUGUUUUCUAAGUUUUGGUAGUUACUUUUGCUUUGACAAUCCUGCUGCUUUGCAAGAAUAUAUUGAAAAAGAUAUGAAAUUAAAUACUGCAAAUUAUAUGUUGUUGUACUCAUUAUAUUCUUGGCCAAAUGUUGUUCUCUGCUUUUUUGGUGGCUUCCUUAUCGAUAGAGUGUUUGGAAUUAGGCUUGGUGCAAUUAUUUUCAGUUCAUUUGUAUUUCUUGGUCAGGUUAUCUUUGCACUUGGUGCAUUAACUAAUCAUUUUUGGCUUAUGUUGAUGGGAAGAUUUGUAUUUGGAAUUGGUGGUGAAUCUCUGGCUGUAGCCCAAAAUACAUAUGCUGUGUCUUGGUUCAAAGGGCGUGAGUUAAACAUGGUUUUUGGAUUACAACUUAGCUUUUCAAGAAUUGGUAGUACUGUAAACAUGAAUGUCAUGGCGCCAUUAUAUAUGUUUUUACAAAAACAUAUUAAUUCUGAAGAUAAGCAGUAUGUUAUUCUUGGUUGGACACUAAUGGCAGGUUGCGUAUUUUGUAUCCUAUCUCUUAUUAGUGCUUUGGUGAUGGCUUACUUUGACAAAAGAGCAGCUAGAUUAUUGAACAAAUCAAAUGCAAAAACAGGUGAGGUGAUUCGAUUAACUGAUGUUAAGGAUUUUCCUCUUUCUGUGUGGUUAAUAUUUCUAAUUUGUGUCGCAUAUUAUGUUGCUGUUUUUCCAUUUAUUAGUUUGGGAUUAGUAUAUUUUCAAGCAAAGUACGAUAUGAUAGAACGUGAUGCUACUACAGUUAACAGUCUUAUUUUUCUUAUAUCAGCUGCUGCUUCUCCUGUAUUUGGCUUGUAUGUUGACAAAGUUGGCUACAAUGUCUUUAACUUAAUUUUUGGAAUUUUUCUCACAUUAUCUGCUCAUGGAAUACUUGCAUUCACAUUUAUAUCACCAUUUGCUGCAAUGGCUAUAAUGGGGGUUGGAUAUUCUUUGGUGGCUUGCGCCUUGUGGCCUUUAGUUGCUAUGGUUGUUCCAGAAUAUCAGUUGGGUACUGCUUAUGGAUUUAUGCAGUCUAUUCAAAAUUUGGGUCUUGCAGUGGUUUCAAUCAUUGCUGGGCAAAUUGUUGAUACUAGUGGAUAUUUAAUUCUUGAAGUUUUUUUCCUUGCUUUACUUUGUGUGGCCUUAAUAUCGACUUUAAUAUUGUAUCUUGUGGAUCUUGCAAAAGAUGGUUCAUUGAACAGAAGUGCAUCGGUUAGGAAAAAGUUGUCAGAGAGAAAAAUAGAAAAAUCUGAAUCAAAACCUCUUUUGGAAGAUUAUUACUCAUGUCCUCCUCCUGGCACCUCAUCCUCUCCUAUUAAACCUAAAUCAGCUCACGAUCUUCGUCUAAAGUACCUGUCUAAAAUUGGCGGCCCUGCUUUUCAACCACCAGAAAACUUCAGAACGUCGGCUUUUGUCUUUCCCCACGUUCUUAAGUAACGAACCAAUUAAUUACAUUUACACAUUUAAACUUUGCUUAACGCUGAAACGAUUGUGUUACGUAAAAAUAAACUUAUUAGUAUUAUUAUGAACGCUUUGCGCUGAGUAUGCAUUUUAUAUGUUUUAUAAAAAUAAAAGAGUUUAAAAUUUUUUUUUUCUUGAUAUGUUUUUCACUUGAUAAAUUUUCCUUUUAUUUUAAAUUUUGCGCUUAUUUUAUAUAUUUUUUGAUAAUUUAGAAAUAGAUCAAUUUCUUUAUAUAUAGAAUAUAUUUUGCUGAAAAAUUAUUUUGUACAAAAUAAUCUUGUUCAAUUUUAAAUUUAACCUUCUCAUCGUUUUUAUUUUACUCUACUUUUUCCAAUUCUGUGGAUUUCAUCUAUCAAUCUUUUUUUAUCUGAGUUUUAUGUAGUAGUUGUUCUGUAUGGAAAAGCUACAUUUAGCACAAAAUUUAUAGCAUAAGUUUUUUUUUUAAUUUUUGUCUGUGCGGUUUGGAUAAAAAAAAAAUCUUGAAAGAUAAUUUGACAAAAACCUAAAUAUUUCUCAUGAGGGUUCAAAGGGGUUUUUUUAUUUACCAGUGUAUUGUAAAUACAGUAUCCAAAUGUAGUCA